GCUACACUCCGGCGGAGACCCUGCUGGCGGACGCACUGCAGCCUGAAGCGGCCGCUGCUCUCCUCGUCCGCUCACCACAGCGCCUCCGGAAUGACUCGGCUGGGCGCAGCGAUGCUGCUGUUGGCAGCCCUGACGGCGGGUGUGGGCGCGGCAGGGAAGAUGCGCGUCCUCAACGCCUGGCGAACGCUCGACUUCGCCUUCCCGUCGGAGCUCACCCGCCAGGCCAUGAUACGCAACGGCUCCUACGUUCCGGGGAACUCCAUCCCUAUUGACGUGCAGCCUUGGCAGAGCGAGCGCGGCCUGUGGAGCAUGCUGGUGACGAUCCCGCGGUUCAAGAAGGGCGUGCCCGCCACGCUGGCCGUGGUGCCGCCCAAGGGGGACACCGGCACGCCGCUGCUGCCCUUCCCGGACUGGCGGUCCAACCUGCAGGGAAACUGCGACGGCUUCACCUCCGUCUUCAGGGUGCAGGUUGACUCUUGCGGCCGGUUAUGGAUUCUGGACACCGGCUUCGUCGACAUUUUGACGAGCGACUUCAGGCGGAUAUGUCCGACCAAGGUGGUGGUGUUCAACAACCGCGGCGAGAAGACGCUGAGCUACGAGUACCCACACGACGUGCUGACGGAAUCGUCGCUGCUGGUCACGAUCGCCGUGGAGUCGCGCGACGCCGCGUGCACCAACAACUUCGCGUACGCCGCCGACGUGACGGGCUUCGGGCUGGUCGUGCUGGACGAGCAGCGGCGCCGGUCGUGGCGCGUCACGGCCAACUACUUCUACCCGUACCCGCAGUGGGGCCACUUCGACCUCAACGGCGACUCGUUCGACCUGAUGGACGGCGUGCUGGGGCUGGCUCUGGGGCCGCCCAAGGCGGACGGCGACCGCGACCUCUACUUCCACAGCAUGGCCUCCGACCGCGAGUCCGCCGUGGCCACGUCCGUGCUGCGCAACCACUCGCUCUUCGAGGACGGCGUCAACCACGCCAGCCGCGAGUUCCUCCUGCUGGGCGAGCCGCGGCCCGGGCAGACGGCGGCCGAGGCGAUGGACGUGGACGGCGUCAUGUUCUUCAGCGUGCUGCCGCGGAACACGCUCAACUGCUGGAACUCGCGCUCCAGCUACGGCGGCCGCAACAUCGUCGAGCUGGACCGCGACGAACACAACCUGCAGUUCGCCAGCGGCGUCAAGGUCAUCCAGGACAGCAAGGGCCGCAGCCACCUCUGGGUGCUCACCUGCCGCUUCCAGAAGCACAUGACGGGCACCAUCGACAACUCUGAGAUCAACUACAGGAUCCUGGCGUCGCCGGUCGACGACCUGGUGCGCGGGACCAGCUGCGCGGUGCGGCGCCAGCAGGCUGCCCGGCCCCAGCAGCAGCAGCAGCAGCAGCAGUCCCAGCAGCGGCCGUCGUACGGCGGGCCCAGCGGCGGCUACUACGGUAGUGGCGGCCUGCUCUUCCAGUAGCGGGCAGCGCGCCAGGCGCACCAGCCCAGCCGCUGCAGCCGCCAGCUGGCUACUCCUGCAAACACUGACUGACCGCCAUUCCCUCUGGCUGCGGCGCGACGCGUGUACUCGCUGCGCCCACAGUGUCAGCCACGGGCGCUACCCGGUGAUUUCACUCACAGAAACCACAGCCUCUCAGCCCGCAGAGUUGAAGCUGACGCAAGGACUUUCCGUGAAAGUUCGAAGCCCCACCUUCUCAUUUCACCCCUUCAUUUACACAAAACCGCUACAUUUUCAGUGUGUAAGUUCAAGAAGGACCGGCGUUAACAACUCGACUGUCUGCCUUCUUUUAAAAACAGGGCAACAUUCAGAGUGAGAUUUCCCUAACACAGAGCGUAAAAGACGAAAGCGUCCCUAGAAUUUCACUACACAUCAGAACAUCGAUUUAUAACACACCGUUUACUCACGAGGGAACAUCCCCAUCGCACCCCCCCUCAGAUUUAGUUAUAAGUUGGCACAGUGGAUAGGCCUUGAAAAACUGAACACAGAUCGAUCGAGAAAACAGGAAGAAGUUGUGUGGAACUAUCAAAAAAUAAGCAAAAUAUACAAACUGGGUCGUCCAUGCGUAAGAUAUGCAAUAUUAAGAGCGCUGUAAGGCGAGGAGUUCUGUGGUCCCGUGGUUAG